AUGCAGGAGCAGCUUACUGAAAUAGACACUAACGAGGAGCAGCUUACUGAAAUAGACACUAACGAGGAGCAGCUUACUGAAAUAGACACUAACCAGGAGCAGCUUACUGAAAUAGACACUAACCAGGAGCAGCUUACUGAAAUAGACACUAACGAGGAGCAGCUUACUGAAAUAGACACUAACGAGGAGCAGCUUACUGAAAUAGACACUAACCAGGAGCAGCUUACUGAAAUAGACACUAACCAGGAGCAGCUUACUGAAAUAGACACUAACGAGGAGCAGCUUACUGAAAUAGACACUAACGAGGAGCAGCUUACUGAAAUAGACACUAACCAGGAGCAGCUUACUGAAAUAGACACUAACCAGGAGCAGCUUACUGAAAUAGACACUAACCAGGAGCAGCUUACUGAAAUAGACACUAACCAGGAGCAGCUUACUGAAAUAGACACUAACCAGGAGCAGCUUACUGAAAUAGACACUAACCAGGAGCAGCUUACUGAAAUAGACACUAACCAGGAGCAGCUUACUGAAAUAGACACUAACCAGGAAGUGAAACGAAGAUUUAAACAAGAAUAUCAUCAACUCUGGUUACAAAAACAUAUUCCAAAUUUAAAUCUUACAUUAUGGGUCAUAAUGAAGAAGUUGUUGAAUGCUUUAAUGUCUUCUUAUUCGGUACAACGUGAAAUCGUUGCCUUAAUGAACUUCAUCAUAAACAAAAGAAACCGACUUGAAAUGUGUCUUCGUUGA